CUUUUGGAUAUUAAACCUAAAACAGAAGGCGUGCUGAUUUUACAAAACUCGGAUUAAAAAACAUCACGACUUUAGAAAAACAUAUUUGUAAAACAAAACAGAAGUCGUUCACUUUUGAUUUUCCAAAAGACUAAACUCUAAACAGAACGACUGUAGUUAUUUAAAGGAAAACGCAGAGUAAUUGGUACCAACGGAAUCAUCUUCUUCCUCGAUGAUAUUCACCAUCUCUGACCGGCUGAAAUUCGGGUCAGAAUUACCCAAAAUAUCCUAAAAUGACAAGCAUAGUUGCUAAGUGCCGAACCUUUGCAAUACCUCUUCGAGAUCAAUUGCAGCGGACGACCCUUCCCCGGCUCUUGCACAAUGGUCCUGAUACAGUGGAGGAGCUUUUAGAGAGACAUGUGGUGAAGAAAGAGAAAAGCUUGGAUGAUGACGAGAAUGAGCUCAUUACACGUCAACGGCUAACUAGCACGCGUCGUGAGGCAUUGAGCCUCUACAGGGAUAUCAUCCGAGCCACCCGGUUUUUCUUGUGGGCAGAUUCUCGGGGAGUGUUGUGGCGUGACAUUCUUCGGGAGAAUGCUCGCAAAGAGUUUGAGGAAGCCCGAUUGGAAAAGGAUCCAGAAAUUAUAACCCGCUUGUUAAUUGGUGGGCGUGAUGCAGUGCAAGCAGCGCUGGACAAGCUAGUGGAGAAACAAAAGCAGCAGCUUGAGCAAGAACAACGUGAUUCAACUCGUCGAUGAUUCUUUACUGUGAGGUAGUGUUUGUGUUUCGAUGUGCUGAACUGUGUUAUACUUGUCGUCCUGCUUAUUAUUGGUUAAGUUGGUAGUUUGUAUACCUAAUACUCGAGGUUGCAAAUGUUUGUUUGGGGAGAAAAGUUGUCGAUAAGUAUUACUUGAUGCCCUUGCAAAGUGGCAAUUUUUGGUUAUUGCUAAGUUAGGGCUUACAGGAUGUGUGGUCAACUGCAGAAGGGUUGGUCAUUUGCUGUUCAUCUGGUUUGAGAAAAAAAAAUGGAGGAUAGCAUUAGCAUAAUAGAUCCAUACAGAUACUUGUUUGUAUUUUGCAUUUUCCUUUUCAGGAAAGUGUGGUUUAUGUGAGUUCUGAAAGUGUAUUGAUGACUUUAAGCUUCUGUUAUGCUUUCGUAGACACUAGCUUAGCAUGACUCUUCGAUGAGCCAUUGAUUAGGAUUUUUAAACAGCCAAAAUUCUAAAUGGAUCAUCUGUCUCCUUUUCUUUGUGUUUCACUUCUACAUUGCGAUGAAAAUUCUGUCAUUUUUAUUUGCAAAUAAUGAAUCAACGAUGUCAUGCGUACAAAGUAUGUUCGCAGAGGCAGAG